AUGGUAGAUUCGACAAAUUUCAUUGUCGUCGAUAACCGAAGUGAGAACAAGUCCAUCAGCGCAUCAUGUGACAGCGUUUUAGACAAGAAUGGGAAUUCAAUUUUUAAGUCUUAUAAUUCUCUUUACAAGCUAACGUAUAAGCAUAUCUACAAAUACAAAAGGAUAACGUGCAUUAGCACCGAUGUGAUUUAUAAUGAGAAGGGGGAUCCGUACACACCACUGUAUCACUACUAUUAUGAGGAUGUGAGCAAUCCCUGCUCCAGUCGGCCUGGGGGAGUCGACGCCGGCGCGCAGACGGAGGAAGCAAAGGGGGAGGUAAAGGAAGAGCCGACAACCGAAACGGCGAUCGAAUCGACCGAACCGACCGAACCAGCCGAAUCGCAUGCAGAGGUGGGCGAUGCCGAUACAGACCUGGACAAUGCCGAUGCCGACGUGGACGAAGCCACCUACAACGAGCGCGCGCCAAAGCAAAAAUGCCUGAAAUACUCGUUGUACGAGUUGCUGUUGCUGAGAUUUCUGGAUGUAAAGAAGGACACCCAAAGGACCAAGCCUGAAGAAGCCAAAAUUGAAUUCUGCUUCAUUAAGGAAAAUAAAAAUAACAACAAGGCGCCUCUGAACAAAUUUAACCGAGACAGGUUUGGCCCAAACAACGCCAUGCAUAUGAUGACCUCAGGGUAUUCCUCUAACUAUGGCAACCAUGUUAAUUUCGGUAGCCACUCCAAUUUUGGGAGUCUACAAAACGCUCCUAUGAACUCAAAUGGGGGGGGCAUCAUCCCAAAUUAUGUUAAAGUAAGGCCAUCAUUCAAUGAAGAACAUUACAAGAAUAAUAAGCACCACCAAGGCUAUACACCCCACGUGGGAAACAGCUUUAACAUUAGAUCUUUUAAAAAUGUAGACAACAGUUCCUACCACCUCCCUGAAAAUAACCUGUUCAUAGAUAAUGAGGGUAAAAUGCACCUAACUGGACAAGAAUAUUUCAUGAACAAACAGAAUCAGUUUCACAACAAAAUGGGAAUGAACAACAAAUACGAGAAAGACAAGAGGGCGUUUCAUUUUUCCAAUGGUGGAGAUUUAAGCAGUGGUAAAGAUACCUCGCUGAUGCACGAUUUCUCCAUUCCACAGGAACAGUCCACCCCAUUUGACCACCUGCGUCCACAUGACCACCCUGAGAGGAAGAAAAACCAAACCAGUGAAGCAGACAGAUAUUGGGAUCAUCCCUCACAGUACGCUAAGAGAAAUAACAAUGACAUAUUCACCCUCGGAGAUAUAAAAAAAUUCUGGAAAAAUAAUGAGAAAGCAAAGAAUAAUAAUUUGAUGGACCAAAAUAACUACAGCAUUUUUAAGGACAAUGAUGAAGAGAAUCUCACCAAAAGUAAUUUCGCCAGAUGGUUUAAAAAUAGUAAUGCUAAUAACCAGGAGGAGCAUGUAGACCUACUUUCCUACGUGAAUGGUCAUAACUCAAGCGCUGUAGAUAUCGGGGACGGAAAUAAUGGACCCAGGGUCAUAGGGUCUGUGACCCGAGCGAACAGGAACUACGAAGGAGGCUCCAUUGGCAGUGUUGGCGGUACGAACUGGGGAAGUGGGGCGAACGUGGAUGAUAAUGCAUUGGGUGCAUCCCCCGUGGGAGCCCAGCAGACCGAUCAGCCGCAAAUAAGCAGUACAGUAGCAGAACUCUUAAUGAAGCAAAUUUCGAUACUAAAAGAAAGAAGCAAUUCUGAGUACGCUGAUAACAGAACUCACGAGGGUGAUCACUUCGACAAGACAUGGCACGCCAAUACCGGCAAUGUGGGCGUCAGUCAUCUUAACAGUUUGGCAAGUUUGAACCACGCUGCAAGUGCCAACCACAUCGGGAGUGGGCAUAAAGAAUUCCAUUCAAGAGAUGGAGGGAAAGGUCUUAUGGACAUAUUCCGAUCUAGCAACUCGAACAGAAUAACUAAUGAGUCCACCUCUUACCAUCUUCCCCGUCAUGGAAGCCGAGGAAAUAUGGUCAACAUGCCAAACACCAACAUGCCAAACACCAACAUGACAAACGCCAACAUGCCAAAUGCCAACAUGACAAACGCCAACAUGACAAAUGCCAACGUCAACAAUUUGGCUAGCCUGGCCAAUGCAUCCAACAUAGCGAACAUUGCAAACAUGGUUAACCUCGCCAACUUAGCAAAUAUAACUAGCAAUGAGAACUAUGCGAGGAGUCACCAGAAGCACUAUGCUGAUGACAACACCUUAAUUUAUGGCAGCCUCUUGGCAGACACUACGCAUAAUGAUGGUAGUAACAGAAUCAAUAACGACAUGAAUUGUCUGGAUGGCAUCCUCAUCAACAGGAGAUCUCCUCAACCCUUUUUACAAAACAAUAAAAGCAACAUGAAAACGAACUCACCAAGUAAUACACUGGGGAAGAAAAUUCACCAUGGGCAAAAUUUCGCCCAUUUGAAUAAUAGCAACCAAGAAGUACUUAAAAAUAACAACACUCCGCCUCCACAAGGCAACAUAAAUAUAACUCCUAUUAUUAACUCGCUACUCCGCCUAGAUAAUGACCAUACACAACAGGGGGAUAACAGCGGAAGUGUGCCAUAUAACUUGGUAGAUAAUUCCAUUCCAGAGAGUAUUAAAAACGCCAAGGUGAACAAUGUCCUGGAUUCGCUCAAGUCCCUACUGAAGGCGUCAAAGAAUGGCACGGCGAGCGGGACAAACAACGAUAUGAGCUAUAUAAGCGGUAUGAGUGGCAUGCCCAGAAUAGGUAGCGUAGGUGGUAGCGUAGGAGGUAGCGUAGGAAACAUGGGAGGACUCCCCCUCGGAGGGAAUAGCAAAAAUGUCCACAUCGCCAAGGGUGGAUACCACCAAAAUAACAAAAACGCCAACUACUACGCACCUCAAAUGUAUCCACCGCAGAUGUACCCACAGCAAAUCUACGCACAGCAAAUGCACCUACCGCAGAUGUACCCUCAGCAGAUGUAUCCCCCGCAACACAUGCACCAGCACGGUGGACCCCCAAUGCAAGAUUUUUACAAAAAAAAGUUCACGAAGAAGGAGGGCAUCAAAUAUAACUUCAAGCACGCUGACGUGGACAUUACAACCAAUGAAACUAUAAUGGCACUAAAGAGUUUAAUCCAGAACCAGGAAGGGAAGCAUUGA